AUGUCCGAGUCACGUGUAGAGACCAGUGAUAUCUCGGUGGGUAGCCAGGAAGCCAUCGGUGAAAAGACCGCUACUACUGUGCUUGCUACCAAAGAUGAGCAUGGACUCGGUGACGAUAAUUCUGAAAGCGAUCCGGAUGUGAUUAUCGUUACCGGUGCUGAUGCAGCUGUUCAUCUGUUGUCUCUUCGAGAUGACUUUGACAACGUCUUGACCUUCCGCAGUAUAUUACUCGCUUCCGGCCUUGCGUGUUUCCAGGCCGUCAUGAACCAGAUUUAUCAGUUCAAACCGACCCUAGUUACGAUCCAGGGAACCUUCAUCGUGCUCAUCUCCUAUUUCGUUGGCAAUGCCUGGGCUAAAUUCCUUCCUCGUGGCGACAAAUUUGAAGCUCGCUGGAGGGCGAAAGGCGGCGAAGGAAAGCUACCUUUGUGGAUUACCGUGAUGAAAUUUUUUAAUAACGGGGCAUGGAGUCUGAAAGAGCACGCAAUCUGUUCAAUCACUGCUACAUCGGCCUCGAAUGCUGCGCCUACCUCACAAGUGUUUGCAGCGCAGAAUCUUUUCUACGAUCUUCCCCUGAGCGCGGCGACUGUGAUUUUGAGUAUGAUCUCUAUCGGUCUAUUUGGCUACGGAAUCUGCGGAAUUCUGCGUCCAAUUGCUGUCUGGCACACCGAGGCCGUCUACUGGAGUAAUUUGCCUACUGUCAAGACUCUCCAGGGACUUCAUUGGCAGGAAGUCAAAAACUCGAAACCACUCAGGUACUUUUGGUAUGCAUUCACUGGCAUGUCAAUAUACGAAAUCAUUCCCGCCUACAUCUUCCCAUGGCUAAACUCUGUUUCUAUUCCGUGUCUGGCUGCACAAAAGGCUACUGGCGAAAAAGCUGCUAUACUCAACAAUAUCUUUGGUGGAUCCACCAACAAUCAGGGUCUUGGCCUAUUCUCGUUUUCGUUCGAUUGGCAAUAUCUCACAUCUUUCCAAACUUCACUCCCUCUCAAACUCCAAGUUCAUCAGGCCGCUGGACUCUUUUCCUGUUUUAUUAUUAUGAUAGGCAUAUAUUACGGCAAUGGCUGGAAUUCGCGAGACCUUCCAUUCAUGUCAACGAGAAUGCUUAUGAACAACGGCACCUCAUACCCCAUAAACGACGUUUUCCCCGGUGGUGUCCUCGACGAGACUGCCCUGUUCAAAUAUGGCUUGCCAAGGCUCACUGGAACGUUCGCAUUCGCGAUGUUUAUGGCCAAUGCAGCAAUGGGUGCCCUGAUCGCUCAUUGCAUCCUAUUUUGGGGCAAGGAUAUUCUGCGGGCCUACAAAAGUGCGAGAGAGGGUAGAUAUGAUGAUCUGCACCAUGCGCAUAUGGCCAAGCAUUAUAAAGAGGCUCCGUGGUGGUGGUAUAUUGCUGUGCUUGUUGGCAGCUUUAUUCUUGGUCUUAUCGUGACCUUGAAAGAGAAUAUCACCCUGACAGCUUGGGCAUACGUUAUCUCACUACUAGUAGGAUGCAUUAUCGCCCCCUUUAGUGUCAUCCUUUUCUCUCGCUACGGUAAUGGCAUUGCUACCAAUAAUUUGUCAAAAAUGCUGGCUGGACUUAUCCUUCCUGGACGCCCGGUCGGUAACAUGUACUUUGCUGCUUGGUCGCAUAACGUCAUUGCAAAUGCAGUCACUCUUUCCGGUGAUUUGAAGAUGGGCGAAUAUCUCAAAAUCCCCCCACGCAUUAUGUUCCUGACACAAAUAUAUGGUACAAUUCUUGGUGGCUUCAUCAACUAUGCCCUUAUGAUCUCUAUUGUGACAAGCAAUCGAGAGCUUCUCAUCGAUGGCAACGGAGACUCCUCCUGGAGUGGUGCAAGCAUACAAUCUUACAACACGAAUGCCGCAUCAUGGGCUCUGGCUCCCUAUAUCUACAAGGUUGGUACCCCAUAUGGGGCUGUACCUGUGGGUUUGGCCGCUGGCGCUGCAGCUGUGGUUAUUCACCGAAUCGUGUAUCAAUUUGUUCCCAAAAUUGGAAAGAUCGACGUCGCCGAGAUCAAUCUACCUCAAUACAUCCAAUACGCUGGUUUCAUUCCCUACAACCAAAGCCAGACCUGUGUUAUCUUUACCUGGAUCACUGCCGGGUUCUACGUGCAGUAUUAUCUCCGAAACUACAAGCCGCGAAUUUUCAGGGACUAUUCAUAUCUGAUUACAGGAGCCUUUGAUGGUGCUAGUCUGACGGUUCUCUUCGUCCUCUCAUUUGCUGUUUUCGGAGCUGGUGGAAAGUCGCACCCAUUCCCAUCGUGGUGGGGUAACAACGUGAAUGGAAACUAUGAUUGGUGUCCUGUGGCGGAGUAG